UCAUUUAGGGCAGUGGAAGCACAACAACGCUAUUUGCAGGUGCAACCGUGAAGGUGCACUGGACUUUGAGCCUGCAAAGCACUGUCUGGGCCCCCCACUCUUACAGAGUCCAGCUGAGGGUAUAAAAUAGUCAAACUUAGGCCGAGGCAUCAGUCUCAUCUGAGUACUCGCCAACCUCAAGGGAGAGAGCUUCAAGGAACCCAUCAUGGGGGACUUAAAGCUUGGCCUUUUGCUGCUUCUCAGCACGUCUGCCUUGGCUUUUGCCCAAAAUGACGACCAUCCAACCUGUUUGCUGGCUCAACGGUACAAAACCCUGCACAAGUAUGAAUACCUGUAUGAAGCUGAAUCUUUAAAUGCCAUCAACGGAGCCUCGCAGCUUAAGAAUGGACCCAAAGCCACCUGCAAGGUUGAAAUUGAAGUGCCUCAGACAUGCAGUUUCAUCAUCCGGACCACUGACUGCAGGCUGAGCGAGGUGGUGGACAUGGACGCAGAGGGAAACCCUGUCUUCGACCCUGCACCCACCUCUGAUGCCUUUGCAGCUGAAAUGGAAAGGUAUCCCCUGAAGGUUGUGAUUGAAGGCGAGUAUGAUGUGAAACUGUACCCUGAGGAAGGAGAGUCAACAACUAUCCUGAACUUCAAGAGGGGUAUCAUCUCUGCCCUGGCUGUGCCUCUUCUGGAAGAAGACAAGAUCAAAAACAUGCCCACGAUCCACGGCAAGUGCAGGACCUCAUACACCGUCAAUGCCAGAGAGGACAUUGCAACUGACAUCAACGUGAGCAGGGAUCUGUCCACAUGCGACAAAUUUGUGCCCAUGAGAGAUCACACCAGUCCCCUGGCACUUAUCACUGGCAUGAACUAUCCUCUUUCUAAAUUGAUCAGAAGCUCCCAAACCUGCAACUACAAAUUUGACAAUGAGAAAAAACAUAUGACCUCGGGUUCCUGCACAGAAGACCACAUCCUCAUCCCCUUCUCCCACAAAGGGAAAUAUGGAGUUACCAAUGUUGGAAAGCAGGGGCUGACCCUGGUUGAGGUUUCCCCUCACAAUGACAGAGUCUUUGACCACAAUGACAACGCGAAGGACCUUCACAUGGAAGCUGUCGAUGACAAGAGUGCCGUGCAGGAUAAAGAAGCAGCUCUGACUCUCAUGAGAGAACUGCACACUCUGCCAGAGACCGAGGGCGAGAAGAGGGCCCACCUGUUCAACAAACUUGUCUCCAUGGCCCGUGGAAUGAAGACCGAAACCCUGAGCAGUGCCCUCCCUGAGGCUGUUGGCUUGUCCCGCUUCCUGACCAUCCAGGUUCUGGCCCAGUGUGGAACCCCUGAGUGCACCAGUGCUAUCAUGGAGAACCUCAGGACCUUCGACACCUCCUCCCUUGAGGUCGAUGCCACUGUUGUCGCCCUGGGACUCAUGUCCAACCCUUCUGCCCUCCUGAUCAAUGACAUGCUUGAGAUGGCCAAGUACAAGCCCAGCAAGCCCAUCAUGUAUGCUCUGAGUAAUGUUGUCAAGAGAUUUUACAAAGCUGAGGGAAAACUGAUUCCUGAGAUUCACUCUGUUGCUGAAUUCAUGGCUGCAGAGUUGGGUGACUGUACUGGAGACAAGGAUCAAACUUUCAUGACACUGAGGGUGAUUGGAAACAUGGCUCCAGCUGUGGUUCCUGCUAGUCCAGCACUCAGAAAGGCUGUCAUCCAGUGUGUGAAGCAACCUGCUGCCUCCCAAACUGUGCAACAGGCCGCCAUCCAGGUGUACAGGCAGAUCCCAGUCUCAGCAGAGGACAGAGAGGUGUUUAUGCAGGUGCUUUUGGACAACAGCAAGCCCGUUCAAGAACGCGUCGCUGCAUACCUAGUACUUAUGAAAGACCCCCAAAUAAAUGAGCUCUCCCAGAUAUCUAAGGUUUUGUUCAGUGUAGAAGACCUACAAGUCAAGAGCUUUAUUGCCUCACACAUCAAAAACAUUUUGUCAUCUACUGAGCCUGAGACCCAAGACCUGAGAGAGAUGAUUUAUAAUGCCAUCAAUGUUAAUGAAAUUGGGCUUAACAUGGACCCCAUCAGUUAUUCUCGCAACUACAAGAUCGGCUCUUUGCAAGGCAACAUGAUCUUUGAGGGUGCAGGCUACCUCCCCAAGGAGGUCAUGCUUGAUAUGACUCUGAAGGCAUUUGGCUUUGAGAUUGACAUGUUGGAGAUCGGUAUGGACGGCAAGGGAUUUGAGCCAACAGUUGAUGCUCUGUUUGGAGAGAACGGAUUCUUCCCCGACACUACUCUGAAGACGAUGUAUUUUGUCUCUGACAACAUCCCAAAUGCCGUCAAUGAGAUCCUGCAGAACAUUGUACCUGCUCUGAAGAGGAACCGGAUGAGGAGAGAGGCUUCCCGGGGCCUGUUGAAGGGGAUUGGAGACAACCUCAACAAACUAGUGAGGGAGCUGAAGGCUGCAGGGUCUCCUGAGGCCAUGGUUUAUCUGAGACUCUUGGGAAAUGAGCUGGGAUAUCUGAGGACCAAUGACAUUGAAGAGAUGACCUUCUCUGCUGCUAUGAUGAUUAAUAGUCUGUUCAAAAUGUUUCCACGAGAUAUAAUGAAGUCACUGAUGACUAACCCUGACACCACAAUCUUUACCCACUACAUCUUCAUGGACAAUGAAUUCUUCCUGCCGACUGUCACUGGUGUGCCUCUGAGGAUUGCAUUGUCUGGCACUUUCGCCCCAGGUUUCAAAGGGGGACUUCAGAUCGCUCGUGACAUGAGCGCAAUGACCUUCAUGCCAUCCGCUGGAAUUGAGUUUGUCACUCAGGUUGGCUCUCACAUCCCUGAAUAUGUCAACUCUGGAUUGGAAAUGCACACAAACAUUUACCAUGAGAGUGGGAUCAGUGCUAAGAUCUCCAUGGGACAGGAACAUGUUAAGCUGACCAUCCCUGCUCCAACAAACCCUACCAAGCUCAUCAAAAUUACAAACACCCUGGUGGCAGUGACAGGAUCAAAAAUGAUGACUAUCCCUCCCGUGAUGAUGGACAAAGUUGACGUCAACAAGUGUACCCCAGCCUUUUCUGGAAUGAAGUUCUGCACUGCUCUCCAAUACAUGGAUGCUUUCUCUCAUGAGACAGCUCCUUACUUCCCCUUCACUGGUGACAGCAAAUUUGCGGUGGAGCUCCACCCCACUGGGGAAGUCACAGAGUACACAGCCACUGUUGCCUAUGAGCUUCUCAAGGAGGGAGAUGAGGGUCGGCAGAAGGUUGACACACUGAACUUUAUCCUGAAAGCUGAAGGUGCAGAAUCCACUGAAGCCAGAGCAGUCUUGAAAUACAACAGAAGGAAGAAUGUAAUCACAGCAGAUAUCCAAAUCCCUGACUACGAUGUGGAGGCUGGGCUCAGGCUGGGUGUUGUUGAUGGAAGAACCAGGGGCAAAGGAACUCAUUCCAUCUCUCUUGACUUUGUGAACAAGAAUAUCCCACAGCUCUCCCUGAUUGGCCGUGCAAAUCUCAAGGCUAUGAAGGAAGGUAUGCUGCAAAUUCAGCUUUUGGUGCCAUCAAUUGACACUGAUGCUACUAUCACAGCUAACAUGAAAUAUGAUGAAGAACUGGAACUGGAACUGGAGAGUGAUAUCAAAAUCAUGGGUGCCACCUCUGAGCAGGAAAUUUCAAUGAAAUAUGAUGCCAGCAAAAUUGAGAUUCAGGUCAAGUCUGAUGUGGAAACCAAGACCACCUCCCUGCCUAAUGCUGAAUUCAUUGAGAGGUACGGCAACGAGAUUCUUGACAUGCAGGUGGGGCAGACAGACAUGAGAGUCCGUCACAUCUUCAAGAAGUUUGUGGAGGCAGCGAACAAUUACAUGGACAAGUAUGGUGCUGAAAUGCUUCCAUACAUGCAGAACUUCAGACUUCCUGAUAUCCCUGAGAUUUCUCUGCCGGAGAAACUUUUCCUGAAUACCAACACAAAGGCUGCCUAUUAUUUCAACGAUGAUCACUUCACAUUUGCUAUCCCCCUGCUUUUUGGAGGAAAGUCAACAGAACAGCUUAACCUCCCACCAGUUCUGGCCACUCCUAGGGUGUCUCUACCCCAGUUUGGAUUUGAACUCACCCCUAUGGAGAUCCCCAUCCCAAAGCUUGUGGUUCCCGAGAGGCUGACUCUGUCUAUUCCUCUUUUCGGCAAGGCUGAGGUUUCAACAAUGAUGACAAGCAACCUGUACGAUGUGGAGGGCUCAAUUGCUGUUGGUAAAGAUGUUGUCGAACCACCAAGCUACUCAACUAGAUUUGAUGUGAAAGGAACUUCUCCGAUUGACAUCUUCUCAGUAGCAGUUGAAGGCUCUGGAAUGGUGUCCACCAUAGAUUUCCUCAAGGCCCAUUUGAGAAGCUCUUUGAGCCAUAAAUUUAUUGAAGCAAGAAUUACAAUUACAGAGGACGCAGUCAUGACAGACCGCAUCAGUUUGAAAUCAGUAAGCAAGUUAGACGUCACAAGCCCACUUGGUCUCAAUAUUGUGCUAGAGCACACUGGCAUGACAGGAGUCAAUACUGUAGAAAUAUCCGGUGACCACAACUUUGAGGGAACAUUCAAAGCUGGACCCAUCUAUGGCAAGACCACUUCAGGCCAGUCUUUUACCAUCGUCCCAUUCCAACCGGAAGCAAAGAUUGAGUCAUCUGUUAAGUUUGAAUCCACAGCAGUCAACGGCCAGAACAUAAUUACAGCAGAACUUUCCAAUGGUGAAUUAUCUGUUGUGUCUAACUCCAAUGCCUUUGACGGCAUCUUCACCCAUGACGCUGAGCUUUCCUUCAAAGACAACAAGUUGACAGUGAAAUGUGAUGCAAGUGACAUUGUUCGUGGUAUGACCAUCCGGAACCAAGCUGAAGCCUCUGCUGAUGCUGGUGAAUUCAUCAUCAGGUUGGAGACAAAUGGAGACUAUGCUGAAAACCGCAUCUACUCUCUUCUCACUGCUUCUCUUGACUCUGCUGGUUUGGCUGUGAACUAUGACGCCAAUGUGAAGCUUCUUGAGAAUGAGGCGCUGCACAAAGCUAUUCUGACACUCAACAAGCAAGGUUUGACCACAAGUGGAACAACUACCAUCCACAGCCCCCUGUCUAUGGAAAACACCUUUAAAGCUGGUCUUGAUGCAUCAAGUGCUACUCUAUCAAUUAUCAACAAGGCUGCAAUGCAUGAUCUCAAAGUUGAUAAUGACAACUCUCUAACAGUAACCCUCUAUAGCCUUGACUUUAUCUCAAAGGCUGAAGCCAGUGCAAGUGAGUAUGCCUCUUACACUCAUGAUAUCACCUUUAACCUAAAACCAUACAGUGCUUCUGCUAAUGUGAACAAUGACCUGAAACUGCUGGGUGCCAACUUUAUUAAUGAGGCACAGCUCCAGUCAGACCUUUACAAGAUAGACCUUACUGGAAGCCUGAAAGCUGUCUAUGCAAAUGAAGAGAUUAAGCACACCUAUCAGAUUAACUCUGCUGAUUUGAGUGCAAAUGCAAAGUGUAGCACCACUGGAAAACUCUUUGGUUCUCACAUGAGCCACAAUACCGAGCUCGAGAUUAUUGGCCUGGCUGCCAAGUUCACCAAUGAUGCCCGCUUCAACUCACGCUCCAUGCGCUUUGACCACACCAUCCGUUGCAGCAUUGUUCCUUUUGAUUUCAACCUUGAUUCCCUGUUCAAUGCUGAUGGAGAAAUGAUGUUGUAUGGAAAGCACACUGCACAACUUUAUGGAAAGUUGCUCCUCAGAGCACAACCCCUGGCUUUCGCCAGCUCACAUGAAUGCAGAGCUUCCUUGAACCAGAUGCUGGACAAUGGCUUGUCCUUUGAAACCACAUAUGACAACAAGAUGGAUACUGUUCUGUCACUCCAAGAGCAGAAGACCAGUUUUAAAAUUAAGUCUAAAAUGAACGAGCAUGUCUUUAAUCAAGGCAUGGAGAUUUACAACACGGCUGAAAGAAUUGGAGCAGAGGUAUCUGGCACCAUCCUCACAAAUGUCAUUAACACAGCCUCCAAUGACAAUCAGGAGUUCACCAUUUCUGGCUUCCUCAAGUAUGACAAGAAUACAGAGAGCCACAUAAUUCAGCUCCCUCUGAUCAGAAAUCUGCCUGUCUUCUUGGAAAGCAUCAAGGAAUUUGCAGUGCGUGUGGCAGAAGCACUACAAGGUUUCCUCAACAACGAGGAGGUGAGGGCUAGGCUUGAGGCUCUUCCCCAGCACAUAAUUGACUUUGUUGACCAAAUUGACAUAGAACGCGAGAUAAAUCAACUAAUGCAGUAUUUCAGUGACGUGGAAACAUUAUUGACAAACCUGAAGAAUGAUAUUCUGGGAGUGGUGCAUGUAUUCGCAUUAUUCAUCGAACGUGUUGUGGAUACAGUCCAGGAUGCUACUGUAAGUGGAAUCUUGCCCGAAACCUUCAUUUUGGAGAUGCAGGAACUGUUCAAUACCAUUGUUGAAAAUUAUGACAUCAAGGCUAUCCUUGUGCAUACGAUUGACCUCAUAACAGAAAUUAUCAAUGAGAUUCACCUGGAAGUGCUAAAGGACAGCAGCAUUUCAUUCCUGCAUGAUAUUGAGAGCAGGUAUGAGAUCAAGGAUAAAGUAAACACAUUUCUCACUGAAGUCAGAGAUGCCGUUGAGAAUGCUGACCUGGCCGAAUUUUUGGCUGAGCUGAAGACCUUCAUUUUCAGCCGCUUAAGCUCGUUCAAUGAACUGAUACUGAGGGAAAUUCCCGCAGAAAUUAUCGGUUAUAUAACCUUUAUCAUUCAGGAAGUAAUUAGGGACUACGACAUCACUAGCAAGAUCAACGCACUUAGCGCAAAGAUGAAAGAGUUGCUUUUGCAGUUAAAGGUGCAGAAUUUCUUGGAAAAAGUUGUGGAACUCAUUAAGCAACUCAGGAUUGAGGAAACUAUCAAGGCUGUAGCUAAAGGGGUGAAAGAUGCAAACAUUCCUACCAAAUGUAUGCAAAUUUUCCAGGAUACCAUCAACUACUUGAAAACGACAGAGGUUAAAGAAAUCAUUGAAGAGCUGAACAAAUAUAUUGAAAUUACUGUUCAAAAACUGAGGUCUCUGGAUUACAAUAGCUUUGUGGAUCAUGCAAAUCAGAUUAUUGCUGAGUACACAACCUAUGUGAAUGAGAUGAUCAGAACUCUUGAAAUUCCCCAGAAACUUGAGGCAACGCGAGAAUUUGUCAAUACGCUCUUAUCCUUUAUUCGAGGGUUCGUGGAACACGUGAGAGAAAUCAAAGUUGCAGAAAUGAUUAAAUCAGCAAAGGAAUUCACUGAACAGUUUGUGUGUGAUCCCCUUAAGACAUAUGCAGAAUACAUAAAAAAUGAAGUCAGAAAUAUGGAUGUCAAAGUAGAACUUUCUGUGAUUCUGCGCUUAAUGAGAGAUUUAUACACAGACUUUAUUACCACCUUAACUCACGUGGUCACUGACCUGUUUGAGAUGUUUAAGUUUGUGUUAGAUGACCAGAAGAUCAUCAGUGAGAUUGAGCAGAUCAUUAAUGUGUUCCUUUCUGAACUGAAGAAAGCUGAAAUCAAUUUGCCAUCAUUCACCAUUCCUCUGACUGAUCUUGCUGUGCCAUCCACAACGUUUAGCAUGAAUAUGCUGAAACGGUUUGAAAUCCCAGAGCAGCUUGACAUCCCUGAGUUCACGAUUAUGGGCAUCUACACCAUGCCAGCUACCACAGUUUCUUGUGAGAAUAUCAAAAAGAUAAUAAUCGAACUCAUUGAUUUCAUUGUAAACUAUGAGGUCAAAAUGAUAGAUGUGGAAGCAAUCUAUGGAGAACUAAGUUUGAACUACCUUCCUACCCUACCUGACAUCACAUUGCCACAAAUAACUCUUUCAGAGAUUACUAUCCCUACCAUCCCUAAAGUGCCCAUUGAAAAACUUGUCCAGUCUCUUGAGGUUCCUGAGAUCAAGCUACCAGCCAUUCCAAGUGAGAUCAUGGUCCCAUGCUUUGGUAAACUCCAUGGUGAGAUCAGAUUCCAGACUCCCAUCUACACCGUCAAGACUUCUGCUGAAAUCCAAAACUCCACUGAGACUAAAAUAACACCCCUGUUCACUGGAUUAUUCACUUCCCAGGGCAAAUCUCCAAGUUUGGAUAUACUAAAUUACAAGCUUGACUCCAACGUUCGCUUUGCAAUCCCAAAAAUGAAACGUGUUGUCCUUGCAGAGAGUAUAAAGUUCAGCCAUGUUGCUCUUGGAGUUGAACAUCAGGCAUCUGUGACUCUUUAUGGCAAAUCAGCUCAGGCCCAAGCAAAAACCACAGUUAAGGUUACUACUGCACCUUACACAGCCAAUUUCCUUAACACAGCCUUUAUAGCUGUGGAACAGGGAAUGACUGGCAAUAUUGAGACAAAUUACAAUCAUGUGGUGAACAUUCCCAUUGCUGAUCUCCAAAGUGACGUUACUGUAACUCUGAAAUCCCUUGUUCAACAAAAUGGCUUCACCCUCUCUUUAACAGGAGACAAUUCUGGCACUGGAAAUUUGAAUGAUCAUAAUGGAAAACACAAUAGCAACCUCAAUUUGUCAAUCAGUCCCAGCACCACUAUCCUGUCUUUCACUGGUGACACAGAUUCGAAUAUCUUAAAAAUGAGGCAUCUCAUAGCAGCUGAAUUUGGCACCCUAAGCUACUUCAAGUUCAAUGUCAGCAAUAAGGCAGAGGCACCAAUCAUCAAGAACAGUGUCUUUGAAGCAACUGGACUUGCCAGCUUUCAUGAAAUGAAGAUUGAUCUGAAAGCAAAACAUGAGACAGAACUUAACGGUGGAGACAGCAGCAUAAUUUCCAAUGCUUUCAACUUCGUAAUCCGUCCUGUUGAGUUUGUCUUUGAAUUCCAAAACAAAGGAAAUGCCAGGGUCAACAUUUUUAGAUCUCUAACUGCUAAGGUAAACCUGCAGAAUGAUUACUUGGUCAACCUCAAUCGUGACAGCCAAAAGAUUAACACAGUCUUCCUGGUUCGCCUAAAUCAGUACAAAAUAUUCUCAAGCCUUACUCUGGACAACAAUGCAAAAGAAGCUGGCAUCUUCGUUGCCAUGGAUGGUGAAGCCAAUCUGGACUUCUUGAGAUACCCUAUCAGCAUUCCUGAAAUCGACUUGCCUUUAAUCGUCUUCCGUAGUCCAGCUAUCACAGAUCUGAACUUGUAUGAGGCAACUGGAAUGCAGAACAUUUUGACGACCACUGAGCAGGCUGUUGGUGUCAAUGCCAAGAUGGUUUACAAGAAAAGCAUGGCUCCCCCACUUAUUGAUGCAAUGGGUCUAAUUCGCAUUCCCUCCUUGGGUAACAUGAUCACAGACCUGUCUUUCAAGUCUGCCAUUAUUAAUCUGAAUGCCAACACUGAACUAUCAGCUGAAGAUGAUCUUGUGUUCCGUCUGGCUGCCACCACUGCAUCCGUGUUUGAGAGUCUGAAAGCCAAACUUGAUGGCACCACCAGAAUGACCACCAAGAGAGGAAUUAAGAUGGCCAACUCCUUGUCCCUUGAAAAUCAACACAUUGAAGGCAAUCAUGACAGCACCGUGAGCAUAAGCGCUGACACUUUUGAAACUGCAGUCUCUGUGGAAACAACUGCAAAGAUUAACCUGCCUAUCCUAAACUUGGAUGGAAGCCAAAAUCUGGUUGCAGUUAUAAACUCCAAACCAAAUCUUCUCUCCACCUUGAAGAUGAAGGGUGAUGUCAUCAUCCCUAUGAUUAAUGCUACUGGAAAGGCAGAAGCAGACCACAGUCUGAAGCUGGAAGGAACUUUUGAGUACGUUUCUAUGGAGUCAUCUAUCAAGUCAAACGUGGAUGGCAGAGUGUUUGAAAAGAAUCUGGUUUUGGGAGUCCUGGACAAUGACGCUAAUCUGUACCUAAACAAAGACGGCCUCCGUGCUACUUCCAAACUUAUUGCUGAUGCCAAGUUUCAUCAUGGAACAACCAAAGUCUUAAACAUGGAUGUGAACAGCAAUCUGGCUGCUGAAGCCAACAUGGGCCGUGUGUAUGCAGAGCUGAAGCAUACUGUCAACAACGAGGCAAACAUGUUCUUCAUCGUCAACACCAAGGGGAAACAUCGUGCCAGUGCUCUAGUUGACUUUACACCAUUCUCGUCAUUGACAGCUGACAUUGAGAUUGACAUGAACCAGCCGAGCGACUUGGGUGACUUACGUUUCUUGGAGAAGAUUGUUGCUGAGGUGGCAACUUCCAAGCAGAAGAUCUCUAUUAACACCAAGUUUAUUAGCCCACUGUAUACCACCAAUAUGGAAUAUGAAGUGGAAGGCAAUGCUCCAGUAUUCAGGGUUGUUUUUACGUCCUCUGCAACCUCUCCUAUUGUGGUCUUGGAGUACGUCCUAGAUGCUUCUACCACUGCAAACUUUGAGAAUGACCUUCUGAACAUGGUUAGCAAGCUUGCUCUGACCCAUGCUGACCUGACCAUGGAUGUCAACCACAUCAUUGCUCAAUCUUUAAGGAUAAAGCGCCAGGCUGAUGAAAGUGUCUCUCGCCAUACCCUGAACGUGGAUAUCACCAGUCCGACUUUCACCGAUAUGAACCUUCGCUAUGCUUCACUCAGAGAUGCUAUCAGCGCUUCAGUAUCUUCUCCUUCAGCUGGCUUCCUUGGCUAUCAAUUCAGUGGUAAAGUCCCAUUCCAGAUGAAUGCAAGAGUCUUUGGCCGUUAUCCUUCUACCCCAGAUGCAGAUGUUGACAUUUUGGUCAUCAGAACAUCCAAGGAUGCUGAUAAGGCCAACCUGCAGAUUGUUUACGACAUGGAAGCCCCUGAGGGAAUGUUCACUGAGCUUAAGGAAAGACUCCCCUCUAUUAUCUCUACAAUCACAGCAUUUGCUGACAAGCACCACAUCACAAGCAGUAUGGAGAUGCUGAAGGACUCAGUUUUUGAUCACAUCAGAGAAGUCUAUGACGAUGCAAUCAACUAUGAUACUCAAUUGAGCCAGUUGUCCAUUUUCUUUAGGAGCACAAUUGGCAGGUAUCAGAAAACUUUCCUGUCCUUCCUUGAUGCUUUCCUCAAGGUUUUGAGGGAGACCCUCUUCAUAGUCCCUUGGUCCAAUGAGAUGCUCACCAUCCCUGAUCUCCUGGACACAAGGCGAGGCGGAAGCAUUGCUCACAUGCUGGAUAUAACGAUCCAGACUAUCGAUGAGAACAUGGAGGUGUAUUACAGAUAUUUUGCAGAGAUAAUAAGCAAUGCUAAAAUACAGAUGUUAGAUGGUGAAGUAAUGACUGGAGAGCAAAUCAUCAAUCAGGUCAAAACAGCUGUCAGAAACAUCUUUGAUGAAGUGGUGGGCCGUGUGACAAGUGGGGAUAGGUUUGACAACUAUCUAGAAAGUAUAGGUUACAACCUAGAGGCUUAUUUUGAGAAAACCCAGGAGCUUGUUGACUCUAUCAAUUCGGACUACUUAGAUGAAAUGUUCAUGGGUAUCAACAGGUUGUAUCGUGAACUGGUGACAGUUAUUAUGGACAUGGCUGACCAGAUCUUUAGUUUCAGAAGGGAGCAGUUCAACAGAGUGUGUGAGUUCAUCAUGGAAGGCAUCAUCAGAGCAAUAGACCAGUUCAAUAAUGCAUUUUAUGAAUCCGUGCAGCAAGCUCCAGAGGAAGUGCGAGCCUACAUGACAGUUACAGGUGGAAAGGUUGAGAUUAAUAUUCCAUUUUAUCUCCAGUUUUAAUUGAUUCUCAAAGACAGAAAGCUAAGCUCACAUGACACACUAUCACCUGUUCAGGACACAUGCCUAGAAAGAGCAUGGACAUCCUAGCGAUAUUUAUAACAAUGACUUUCACAGAAACAACUUUUGUAUCACUUGAAUUGUGAUGUUCUGUUUAAAACUGAAAAUGAAAUGUUGUAUUGAUACUUUCUGACCAAGUGUGAAAAGCAAAAAAUAAAAGCUGUUAUUACAA